GGGCCUGAUUCCUGAGGAAGUGUGCCUAGGACUGUGGUUUUAGGUUUCACAGACAGAACAUGCCCCAUCGUGCAGCAUGUCCUCCUUUUUAUACAUUUGUCUGAGGAGUUUACAAGGGAUAAAAGAGUAAUAAAUGUUAUGUUUGCCCUGGGUGAAUGCAGCCAACUGAGAGAGAGCCUCUGACUUGGCAGCAGCUGAGCCUCUCUUCCCUCCCUGCUGAAGCCCGGAGCGUUUCUCCUGAGUUUGUUUAGUUCUCUCCACUUGUUGUGUCUGGGAAGUGACAUGGCUGACCAGUAUGAACUCCUCCUUGAAGGAGCCCAGCAGCUGGUGCUUGUCUGUACCAAAGGCGAGAAAUAUCUCCUAGAGUCUGGCAUGCAAAAUCUGGCAGUCUUAGAAAACGCCAGUGUGGUGAUUGGCAAAGAUGGAUAUAUAAAGGCAGCAGGAGAUGUCAGUGCCAUUCGCAACCAAUUUUCAGGAGUGCCUUUUGAAAAGAUAAUUGAUUGUUCAGGCAAAUGCAUCAUACCAGGUCUGGUGGAUGCACACACACAUCCAGUAUGGGCUGGUGACAGGGUUCAUGAAUUUGCUAUGAAGUUGGCAGGAGCUUCCUACAUGGAUAUUCAUCAAGCUGGAGGAGGAAUACAUUUCACAGUGAAGCACACUCAGAAAACCUCUGAGGACGAGCUCCUCCAGCAUUUCAAACAGCGGCUGCUCCGCAUGCUUAGAGGUGGCACCACUUUCGUUGAAUGCAAAAGUGGAUAUGGACUAAACCUAGAAACAGAAAUUAAGAUGCUCAGAGUGAUUGAAAGGGCCAGGCAAGAACUGAACAUUGGGAUAUCUUCUACCUACUGCGGAGCUCAUUCUGUUCCAAAGGACAAAAGUGUCCUUGAAGCUACUGAUGACAUUAUCAACGUCCAGCUUCCCAAACUGAAAGAACUUGACCUUAAUGGUGAAAUACAUGUUGACAAUAUAGAUGUUUUCUGCGAGAAGGGUGUCUUUGAUCUAAAUUCUACCCGAAGAAUUCUUCAGGCGGGGAAAGAUCUAGGGUUACAGAUUAACUUCCAUGGGGAUGAACUCCAUCCAAUGAAAUGCGCAGAGCUUGGAGCUGACCUAGGAGCCCAGGCUAUAAGUCAUCUGGAAGAAGUUAGUGAUGAAGGUAUUACUGCAAUGGCCCGAGCAAAGUGUGCAGCUAUCCUGUUGCCAACCACAGCCUACAUACUGAGACUAAAACAGCCUCAAGCUAGAAAAAUGUUAAAAGAAGGAGUGAUUGUUGCUCUUGGCAGUGACUUCAACCCUAAUGCUUAUUGUUGUUCAAUGCCCAUAGUAAUGCAUUUGGCCUGUGUAAACAUGAAGAUGUCCAUGAAGGAAGCUUUAGCAGCUGCUACCAUCAAUUCUGCUUAUGCUCUUGGAAAAUCCAACACCCAUGGCUCCAUAGAGAUUGGCAAACAAGGAGAUCUUGUUAUCAUUAACUCACAAAGGUGGGAGCAUUUGAUAUACCAACUUGGAGGCCAUCAGGAACUGAUUGAGUAUGUGAUUGUAAAAGGAAAAGUGGUCUAUAAAAACAGCAACACUUUGGAUUACUAGGGACUUACUGUAUGUCUGGUUACAGCUAAGUGAUACUGAGGUGUUUCUGAUUCUAAAAUAUCGAGAGGUUUGUAUUUGUAUUUGACAAAUGU